UGGCAUUUCCAGUAUUGUAAGCCUUGUUGCGUGUGCUAUUAGGGGAAUUUGUCUAAUAUGUUUGACAAUUUGUCUCUACAAGUAGUUUUUUAGGUUAAUUGCCUAAACUGUUGUGGUUUAACAGCUGUGAUGUUUUAGAAUCACUCGGGUGAAAUGCCAACGGUUAUUUUUCAAAACCACAGAAUUUUACUGAUAGCUAACAUGCUAGCUGGCUUCAUAGUGUAUUAAGCGUUUGAAGCUUUUGGCUUUGUUUGGGCUAAAGCAAACCACCGGGCAUCGAGGGCUUUUGGGGCAACACGGGAAUCCCUUUGGAUUUUUGUUAUUGUUUAACGACAGAAUGAUGGAAAGUUCAAGUCUACAGUUUGUGAGUCCUUAUGCUUUUGAGGCGAUGCAGAAGGUGGAUGUGGUGCGUCUGUCAUCCUUAAGUGAUCCUGAGCUAAGACAGUUGCUGCCUUGCCUGGUGAGAAUGGCGCUGUGUGCUCCUGCUGAUCAAAGUCAUGCCUGGGCCCAAGACAAAAAACUGAUUUUGCGUCUGCUCUCUGGAGUAGAGGCAGUAAAUUCCAUAGUAGCACUGCUUUCUGUGGACUUCCAUGCUCUAGAGCAAGAUGCCAAGAAAGAGCAGCAGCUCAGGCUUAAGGCAGGUGCAUCUAAUGCCGAAAGUGUCCUUGUCUCUCAGCUACAGCAUGGGCUAGCCCUAGAGUUUGAACACAGUGACCCACUAAGGAGACUCAGAUUGGUGCUCAGUGAACUUUUGGCAAUUGUGAACAAGGUAGCUGAUUCCAAUGAGGAUUUUUUUUUCAAGUCUUCUGAGCUUUUUGAGAGUCAUGUGUACCUGGAGGAGGUAGCUGAUGUACUCUGUAUUCUUCAAGCAGAACUACCCUCUUUGCUGCCUGUCGUGGAUGUGGCAGAGGCCCUACUUCAUGUGCGGAAUGGAGUCUGGUUUCUCUGUCUCCUAGUUGCCAAUGUCCCUGACAGCUUCACUGAAGUGUGUCACGGUCUUAUAAAGAAUGGUGAAAGACAAGAUGAGGAAAGUGUUAGUGGGAGACGUAGGACUGUGGCUCUCAGACAGCUCUGUCAGAUGAACCCAUCUCAAGCCCUUAACAUCAGAGCUAUGGUGGUUGAAGAGUGUCAUUUGCCAGGUUUAGGAGUGGCUCUUACCUUAGACUAUAAACCAGGCAGUGCAGAUGAAGCUGUUAGUCCUUUGGUUUCGUAUGUCAGCGGUCUUCUUCUGGGUACAAACAGCAAAGUGCGCAACUGGUUUGGUAUGUUCAUCCGAAAUGGGCAACAGAGAAAGAGGGAGGGUAGUUCUGUUCUGAGCCAGAUGAGGAGGCAGCUGCUAUUGGAACUGAUUGCUAUUCUGCCUGGCUCACGCAGUACCCAUGUGCCCAAUGAAACAGAGCUCAAAGCCCAAAUGGAGAGCAGCUUGGGCUACUCGAGCCUGAGAGAGGAACAUGUAGUAAAGGCCAGCGCACUACUCCGACUCUACUGUGCCCUCAUCGGCAUUGCCGGCCUCAGACCAACAGAUGAGGAGGCUGAGCAGCUUCUUCAGCUGAUGACCAGCCGACCCCCUGCAACACCAGCUGGGGUUCGCUUUGUCUCCUUGUCCUUCUGCAAAUUACUUGCCUUCCCUAUACUUGUCAGUACUCCUGAACAAGAGCAACUUAUGGUAAUGUGGCUCAGCUGGAUGAUUAAAGAGGAAGCAUACUUUGAAAGUGCUGCUGGUGUAUCUGCGUCUUUUGGAGAGAUGCUAUUAUUGGUUGCUAUGUAUUUUCAUAGCAACCAGCUCAGUGCCAUCAUAGAUCUUGUCUGCUCAACUCUGGGAAUGAAGAUUGCCAUCAAACCCAGCUCUUUAAACAAAAUGAAGAUGAUCUUUACCCAUGAGAUCUUUACUGAGCAGGUGGUCACUUCCCAUGCGGUAAGAGUGGCAGUCACAAACAACUUAAAUGCUAAUAUUACAGGCUUCCUACCUAUCCACUGCAUUUACCAGCUUCUCAGGAGCAGAGCCUUUACCAAACACAAAGUCUCCAUAAAGGAUUGGAUCUUUAGGCAGCUCUGUCAGACCACUACACCUCUUCACACUCAGCUAUUGCCUUUAAUUGAUGUUUACAUCAAUUCCAUUCUUACGCCUGCAUCCAAAGCUAACCCCGAGGCUACCAACCAGCCAAUCACAGAGCAGGAGAUUCGGUGCAUUUUUAAUGGUCAGACAUGGGAUAAUGGGGGAAAAGGACGUGCUCAGUAUAGCAUCACCAGUCAGCUGCUGAUCCUGUAUUAUAUUCUAUCCUAUGAGGAGGCUCUACUAGCCAACACAAAGACACUCGUUCUUAUGCAGAAGAAGCCCAAGUCCUACUCUGCAGCUCUAAUGGACCAGAUACCUAUCAAAUAUCUCAUCUGCCAAGCUCAAGGCCUGCAGAAGGAAUUGGGAGGACUGCAUUCUGCUUUGCUUCGCCUUUUGGCUACUAAUUAUCCUCAUUUGUGCAUGGUGGAGGACUGGAUAUGUGAGGAGGAGGUGACUGGCACUUUGCCCCUUCUUCGCAAAAUGCUGCUCACCAGGCCGGUCUGCAAGUACUCACAAGCCCAGCUACAUAAUGCCUUUCAGAAUGUAAAGCAAAGAGGACAUGUGCUGCUGCAUAUGCUAGAGCACUUGACACUUUUGAGUGCAGGAGACCUGAUCCCCUAUGCAGAAACUUUAACAGACAAUUUCAGCCUACUGCUAGAGGAUGGUGUUUCCCGCCGAGUCCUGCAGACUGUCAACAAUCUAUGGAUGGUCCUCAAUACUGUUAUGCCUCGCAGACUUUGGGUGAUGACUGUGAAUGCUUUGCAGCCCUCUGCUAAGCUUCUCAGCCAGCACCGCUACACACAAAAUGACCUGCUGGUAGAUCCCCUCAUUGUAUUACGUUGUGAUUGCAGAGUAUUAAGGUGUCCUCCCCUGAUGGACAUCACGUUACACAUUUUAAAUGGGUACCUGCUGGCAUCUAAGGCGUAUUUAAACGCCCACCUAAAGGAGAUUGCUGAAUAUGAGCGUCAGAAUCAGACCAUCUCAAACCUGGGCCUUUUAGGUCAGCUGGAUACACCAGAGGUUACCAGAGAGGAACUAAAAAAUGCUCUGCUAGCUGCACAGGACAGUGCAGCAGUACAAAUUUUGUUGGAGGUGUGUCUGCCGUUUUAUCAUGAAAAGCAACAGCUGAGUGGAGAAAGUGGCAGCUUGCUGAAGAAUAUGCAGUCAGCUUACUGCAUGCCUGAGACAGAGAAGAGAAGUGUGGGAGUUUUUUGGGGUCCACACAGGUCACAGAAUACUAAGGGGGCAAUGUGGACUCAGGAGGAACAACAAUCCAGUGGUGUACUCCUCAGUGACCUCAGAGAAGUGCAGUGCCUUAUCUGUUGCAUGUUGCAUCAAAUGUUCAUUGCAGAUCCAAACAUUGCAAAACUAGUGCAUUUUCAGGGUUAUCCUCAAGCUCUGCUUCCAUUGACUGUAGCUGGCAUUCCUUCCAUGCACAUCUGUCUAGACUUCAUUCCUGAGCUGCUUGCACAGCCUCAGCUGGAGAAACAGAUCUUUGCAAUCCAGCUGCUCUCUCACCUGUGCACACAGUAUGCUCUGCCCAAAUCACUAAGUGUGGCACGUUUGGCUAUCAGUGUGAUGGGUACUCUGCUUACAAUCCUGACACAUACCAAACGUGUUGCCUUCUUCAUGUCCACCCUACCAUGUCUGAUGUCAUUUUGCUGGGCUUUUCCACCACUUUAUGAUGAUGUGGCCUCCCUGCUUGUGCAGGUGGGCCAGGUAUGUGCUGCCGAUGUUGCCACUAAGACCAGAGAUAUUGACCCAUUUAUUGCCAGGCUGCACUAUUUGAGUGAGAAGCCACAAGAGUCAGAGGGUUCACACACAGUGGCUCUGCCUAGAAGAUUUGCUGAAGAAAUGAGUGAAGCUGACCCUGAUGUCCAGCUUUGUUAUUGUAUAGAAGAUACUUUGAUGGAUAUUGUUAGCACCAAAACAAAUGGACUUUGAAGACUUUGAGUAACAUACCUAAUACAUAUUUUGCAGCUACUAAAAUACAAUAUAUGCCCAAAUAUAUGUGUACACCUCAUCAAAUUAUUAAGUCCAUGUGUCUUGCACACACACAUUGCUAACAGGGGAGAUAUAAUUUAUUAAAAAUGUAUUAUAUGCUGACUUUGUGGCACACAUCUGACAUUUGCUGUUCCAGCAUAAUUAUUAUAGCAAUUAAUGUGCAUCAUUUUGAAGAUGCUUAUGGUCAGAUAUUUGUUGCCUCGGUUUAAUAAAUCAUAAAUAUGCUG